UGCCGCCCGACGAUUGGCGCAGGGACCUUCCUGUUCUCACCACAAGGCAAGUGCCAGAGGCCACCGUUCGAGGGCCGAUCGCGGAGCGCGGCCGGUAUACGGAUAGCUGCGGAGGAUGGUGGCGGAGCGGCGGGAUCCAGAGGUUUGGACCAUCCCCGAAGUGACUCAGAACUGAAAACGAGUGACUGAUGUCCCUUUCUGGAUGCUGCUAAUAAGGAGAAGUGGAUUCUCUAGGUUAUUGAUACAGGUGCAGCAAUGGACCUUGUCCUGGAUUAUGCAGAUAGUUACAUUUUGACACCUUAUGUUUAUCCAGCAACCUGGCCAGAAGACAAUGCUUUCCGGCAGAUUAUCAGUCUCUUUGUUAUAACAAACCUGGGGGCCAUUGUCCUAUAUUUUCUGUUUGCCACUCUCAGCUACUAUCUGCUUUUUGAUCACAAGUUAAAGAAGCACCCACAGUUUUUAGAGAAUCAAGUGCAGCGGGAAAUAAAGCACACAGUCUCGUCUCUGCCACUGAUCAGCAUUCCCACCGUGGCUAUUUUCUUUGCUGAGGUCAGAGGCUACAGCAAACUCUACAGCAACAUUGGGGAUUCUCCCUAUGGAUGGUUUGGCGUGGUCUUCAGCAUGUUUUCAUUUCUGUUCUUCACGGAUAUGUGCAUUUAUUGGAUUCAUCGGUUUCUCCACCACAAGCUUUUAUAUAAGCGUUUCCACAAGCCCCAUCACACGUGGAAGGUCACGACUCCGUUUGCCAGCCAUGCUUUUCACCCCGUGGACGGUUUCCUUCAGAGCAUCCCUUAUCAUGUCUACCCGUUCCUUUUUCCUCUUCACAAAGUGACCUAUUUGGGUCUGUAUGUCUUCGUCAACAUCUGGUCAAUCUCCAUUCACGACGGAGACUAUCGCGUUCCCAAUCCGCUGAAACCCAUCAUCAACGGAUCUGCCCAUCACACCGACCACCACUUGUACUUCGAUUACAAUUAUGGCCAAUACUUCACCCUCUGGGAUAGAAUCGGGGGCUCCUACAAAACCCCCUCGUCUUUUGAAGGUCAGGGGCCCCACGCAUAUUUGAAAAAGCUGAUGAACGGCGACGAGAAUAAGAAACUACCCGGAGGCCAUGAAACGAAAAAUAAAUAGCAAUCCUUCCCAUCGGAAAGAUGAGGAACCUCUAGGCCUUAUGAACUGCGUAGCCGGAAGUCAACCCUUUCUCCAUCCAUUCGCUUUCAAAAUGGAAAUAUUUGGCACCUAACAUUCCAGGAUGAGAAGGCAGAAUGAAUAUGUGGAUUCACAGCAGAGCAGUGGGUGCUCUGGGAUGUUGAGCAGGAGAAAGCGUCCAUGAAUUUCCCUGUUGCCAUUAGAAUGAAUCAGGAAGAGGUCAGUGCUGCUCUGAAGUCCAUCCUCAGCAGAUGUUCGAAGGCAACUUUCAGCAACACCUUGUAAGUUGUUGCUGUGCAAUCAGUUACGGAUGUCUAUUGUUACACCAGUAUGUUAAAUAAGUGUUUGGGCUUGGUUUGAACGAAUGGAGUCCUUCCUUGUUUCCAUUGUGUAAUUACGCUCCUAAAAUGCAUAUUACAAUAUUAUUAUUAUUAUUAUUUAUUAUAUUUGUAUACCGCCCUUCUCCCGAAGGACUCAGGGCGGUUCACAGCCAGUAAAAACACAAUACAUACAAAACAAAUUAAAAACUAUAUAACUAACUGUUCAAUAAUGGCCUAAAAAUUUUAAAUAAAGUUUAAAACCCCGUUUAAAACCCUAAUUAAAACCCUAAAUUAAAACUAUGUUCAAGCUAGUCCUGCACAUCGAAACAACAGCGUCUUCAGCUCGCAGCGGAAGGUCCGGAGGUCAGGGAGUUGACGAAGCCCCGGAGGCAGCUCGUUCCAGAGGGCGGGAGCCCCCACAAUGCACUUUAGUCUUGUCUUAACAGACUAAUCGGUGGGAGGAAUUUCUGGAGCAGUGGUCACCAACCAGUGGUCCGUGAGAAAAUUUUGGUGCUCCGUAGAAAAAUUAUUUUCAUGUUUACAUUGCAUUAAAUAUUAUUUAUGUUUUCAAAAAAAUCAUAUUAGUGGUCCACAGGAUUUAAAAUUAUGAAUUUAGUGGUCCCUGAGGUCCGAAAGGUUGGUGAUCCUUGUUCUGGAGGACACCUUCACAGCAGUUACAAAACGAUGUGACAUAUGUCAGAGCAUCAACAUCCAAAUGACACCAAAUUGCAUCAGAACAUGGAAAAUCCAGUCAAAGUUUAGACCAAGUUUUCUCAACUUUAAGAUGUGUGGACUUCAACUCCCAAAAUUCCCCAGCCAGCAUACUGUUGACAAGAUUGAGAAACAGGGGUCUAGAUUAUCAAGGUUUCAUUGAACGUCCAUUGAAUGACCUGUGAGAUGAGGAGAGCUGUCGUGCUAAAUUUAAUUUAAUAAAUAAAUCGUGCUAAGCAUGACCAAUAAAAGAUGUUAUCUGAAGCAAGGCAGGAAUAAAGCACAGGAACGUAGCUUAUUACUCCUUCAAAGUCUCUGUUUUGCAAAGGAAUCUCUGCAUUUAUGUGCGUUUCUAAUUCGUUUUGUAACCAGUAAAUUUCAAACUUCGGUGGUGAGAUGUUUAGCAACAGGAAUAGGUUAUCAUUUUAAUCAUACUAUACAUCAGGGGCAUCCAACCUUGGCACUUUUAAGAUCUAUGGACUUCAGCUCCCAGAAUCCCCCCUGCUGGCUGUCAAGAUUAAACACCUCUGCUGUAGAGUUGAGUUACCUUUGUGGAGGUAGAUGCCUUUUGCAAUCUUCCAUUAUUGUACUAUUUUUUUUAGAGCCGUACUUUAUACGUGCUAUUGCUUUGCUCACAAGGUUCCGUUUACCAUUAAAUUUAUUUCAGUGACACUUCUCUAAAAAAAAAACAUAUUACUUGGAUGCGCUAAAUAGCACUGCUGGCUAGUCACUAUGGGAGUUGGAGUCCAACACAGAAACAGAUGGAAGAAGGUGUCAAACUCGCGGCGUCACAUUGCUGUCAGGCGACAUAUGAUGCUUUGACCCUUUGUGGAGCUGAGGUAGGCGUGGCCUGCGCGUGACGCAUCUGGCCCGCUGGCCGCCAGUUCAACACCCCUAUUAAAUCAUUGCUUUGGCUUUUCUCCUCUUCAACAUGUUAUUACUUCAAACACUAAAAUCAUCCCCUCCAAACACAAACCUUUAUCAGAGUAAAUAUUGUUGCUUUGAUAAAAAAAAUAAAUGCAAAUAAUUCAGGAGAUAAUGUGGAAAAAAAAAUCUGAUUGGUUUAUUUUUACUGUAUGUAGGAUAGCCUAUCAUUUCUUAACCCCUCGCCCCUAAAAAAUUAAGACAGUCUGUGGAAAUUGUCUUCUCUUUAAUGUUUUUAAAAGAUCAAAAGUUAUGAAGUAUAGUUAUUAAGUGCCCGAAAUCACUGUUUUUAAAUUAUAAAAAGUGAAGAUGGUAUAUCUAUAUAGCUGUAUAUUGUAUAGUAGAUUUAUUUAGUGUAUUGGAUCCGAUGUUUUCUGGUGAUAAAAUCAUUAAAAUGAUUUUUUUCUGUGGAUAGAUUUUAAUAAAAUGGGCAGCUUGGUGUGGUGUCCAACUUUUAAGACCUGUGGACUUCAACUCCACAGCUGGGGAAUUCUGGGAGUUGAAGUCCACAGGUCUUAAAAUUGCCAUGGUUGGACACCCCUAGUGUAGGGGUUAAGGCAAUGGUUCUCAACCUUUAUAGUGCUGCGACCCCUUUAAUACAAUUCCCCACGAUGUGGCGACCCCUUUAAUACAAUUCCCCAUGAUGUGGUGACCCCAAUCAUAAAAUUAUUUUCGUUUUGAAUUUAUCGCACCUGAAGCCGUAUUGGCUAGCGAUCUGAACUGCUUGCGAUUGCCUUGAGGACGGAGGCAUUAAAGCGGAGACUCCCCCGCUAUUAAGUUUAUCGCGCCUGAAGCCAGAUUAGGCUAGCAAUUUGGAGUGAUUGCAGCUGGCUUGAGAGGGAGACAUCAGAGCAAAGAUUUCUCUCUUUUUUAAUUCAUCGCGCCUGAAGCCGAAUUCGGCUAGCGAUUUGAAGAGCCUGCAGCUGGCUUGUGGAGUCAGCCAUUGGAGCGCGAUUCUUCGACUCGCAAGUAUACUUCCCAUAUUUCCAAUGGUCUUAGGCGACCCCUGGCAAAUCGUCAUUCGACCCCCAAUGGGGUCCCGACCCACAGGUUGAGAACCACUGGGUUAAGGCAUUCAGCUAGGGACUGGAGUUCUAGUCCUGCUUUUGGCACAAAGCCACUGGAUAUCUUGGGCCAGUCACUAUCUCUUAACCCUAAGAAGGAGGCAAUAGGGCAAACCCCUCGCCAAGAAAACUUCUUGGACUUGUCCAGACAGUUCCUAAAGAAUCAGACACGAUUCAGUGGAAGGGGAAAAAACAUUAAUAACCAUACAACCAGCAUCUCAGCUACAUCUAACAAGCCCCACUCUCCCGAGUUUGCAUGUCAAGUCAAAUUCUGCUCUUUGGUGUCGUCAUAUUGCAGCUGCCUGCCUUCGGGAUAUUAUUUUUCAUUUUUUUCCACCUAGUGUAUGAGGCUAAGAUUUCCUUUGGCAUUCCCAUUCAAGUGACGUGCCUGAUUCUGCUUAGCUUCCACAGCCGGAAGCGAAUCAAAUUAAUGUGGUUACCUUCCAGCCAAAGUUACUUACAAAAGUCUCCAGAUCAGUGUUUCUUAGCUUUAAGCCGUAUGGACUUCAGCUCCCAGAAUUCCUUGCCCUGACUUAGGAAUUCUGGGAGUUGAAGUCCACACAUCUUAAAAGUUGUUGAGAUUGAGCAACACUGAUCUAGGAACUUAUACCUCUCAUUAUUGAGUGUGCAUAAUGUUCUGUAAGGAAUUUUUUAGCAAAAUACAGUGCCUUGUCAUGCGCAGCUGAAGCUUUAUGGAUUGUAACCGAAAUUUGGGAGAGUUUUAGCAUAAAUUUCUCCUUCCAGACCUCUGACUAUCAUUGCAGAACCUGAUGGUUAUUAUGUUUACCAAUACAUUACAAGGGACACGGUGGCUCAGGGGCUAGGACGUUGAGCUUGUCGAUCGAAAGGUCGGCAGCUCAGCAGUUCGAAUCCCUAGUGCUGCCGUGUAACGGGGUGAGCUCCCGUUCCUUGUCCCAGCUUCUGCCAACCUAGCAGUUUCGAAAGCACGUAAAAAAUGCAAGUAGAAAAAAUAGGGACCAACUUUGGUGGGAAGGUAACAGCGCCUUUGUCAUUGAGUCAUGCCGGCCACAUGACCACGGAGACGUCUUCGGACAGCGCUGGCUCUUCGGCUUUGAAACGGAGAUGAGCACCGCCCCCUAGAGUCGGCAACGAUUAGCACGUAUGUGAGAGGGGAACCUUUACCUUUUUAAUACAUUACAUUCCUUAAAAUAUA